GCAAGAUGCGCCACGCCCGCUCAUGUGCUGCGUCUACGCUUUGUUUUUCUGCGGUUACACAAGCAUCUGCUAUCUCUGAAGAUACAUAGCCGCCGUUUGACAGUGACGGACGCGCCGGAGCGAUUGCUCAAACCACGCCGCCAAACGGACCAUGCUGCUGGCAUACAAGUAGCGCUGGGAGCUCGCGCUGUUUCACGUCAACACAAGGCCAUCGAGCGUGUGCAUUUCCUUCGUCAUGGCCAACUACGAGUCGUACCAACUGCGUCGGGGCAAGUAUGCCCGCCUCGAUGCACCGGCAGACGACGACAUCGACACGCCCACGCGCACGCGCUUCUCCGACGACUCGCACGGCACCCUCGAGGACCUCGAGGAAUACGACCCCCUCGCCUUCGACCGCCGGCUGCAGCGUAAGAAGAGCGCCGGCGACCUCAAGAUCCGCAAAGCCUCCUUCAGAGCCCCCGAAGCCACGCGCACGAGGUCAUGGACGCCCGGCCGGUGGUGCUGCUGGCUGCUGACGUUUGUCACUGCCGUCGUCUUGCUGCUCGGCACGGGCGGCAUCUGGGCGUGGAAGGUGUCGGUGCCGCUUGACGGGCAGAGUCCGCCAUGGUACCCUACGCCCAAGGGAGGCGCGGAUCCGGCAUGGGAGGAGAGCUACAAGAAGGCUGCAGAGCUGGUGGCGCAGAUGACGCUGGUGGAGAAGGUCAACGUGACGACGGGCACAGGCUGGAGCAUGGACAUGUGUGUGGGCAACAACGGUGCGGUGCCCAGGCUGGGGUUCCCGCAGCUGUGUCUGCAGGAUGGACCUCUAGGCAUUCGCUUUGCAGACAACAUCACCGCGUUUCCCGCUGGAAUCACCGUUGGCGCGACGUGGAACAAGGAGCUGAUGUACCAGCGCGGCAAGGCACAUGGGAAAGAGGCGCGACUGAAGGGCGUCAACGUGUUGCUCGGCCCUGCCAUGGGCCCUUUUGGAAGAAUGCCUGCAGGUGGCCGGAACUGGGAGGGUUUCGGCAGCGAUCCAGUACUUCAAGGCAUUGCAGCUGCACAGACAAUAAAGGGUAUCCAAGACGAGGGUGUCAUGGCUACGGCAAAGCACUACGUAGCCAAUGAACAGGAGCAUUUCAGACAGGCAUGGGAAUGGGGCAUCCCCAACGCCAUCUCGAGCAACAUCGACGACCGCACGCUGCACGAAAUCUACGUUUGGCCGUUCGCUGAUUCCGUCAGAGCAGGCGUGACUUCAGUCAUGUGCUCGUACAAUCAGGUCAAUUCCAGCUAUGCUUGCCAGAACAGCAAGUUACUCAACGGCAUCCUAAAGGACGAGCUUGGCUUUCAGGGAUUCGUUCAAAGCGACUGGCUGGCGCAACGAGCUGGCGUGGCUUCUGCUGAGGCCGGGUUGGAUAUGACAAUGCCUGGAGAUGGUCUUCGUUGGGCAAAGGGAGACAGUCUCUGGGGAGCAGAGCUGACAAGAUCCGUCUUGAAUGGCAGCGUGCUAGUGGAGCGACUUGACGAUAUGGUGACCCGCAUUGUGGCUUCCUGGUACCAAGUUGGGCAGGACAAAUGGGAAAACGAAGGUCCGAACUUUUCCUCCUGGACGAACGACAGGAUCGGCAAAUUGCACGAAGGAAGCCCGUCGGAUGAAACCACGGGUGUCGUCAAUCAGCAUAUCAAUGUGCAAGGGGAGGGAAAAGAUUUCCAUGGAAAUCUCGUCCGCCAAAUCGCUGCUGAAGGCACGGUCAUGGUCAAGAACGAGGGCGACCUUCUGCCACUGAGUCGAAAAGGCCGGAAAGACGGACAAGCAGUUGCGGGACAGACAAAGUAUCGUGUUGGCGUUUUUGGUGAAGACGCACGUCUUCCUCGUGACGGCAUUAACAAAUGUCCCGAUCAGAGCUGUAACGAGGGGACGUUGGCGUCCGGUUGGGGGUCUGGAGCGGUCGACUACCCGUAUCUCAUCGAGCCAAUGUCCGCAAUUCGGAGCGCUUUCGACAACGGCAGUGUGUUUGUCACCGACUGGCUUGAGAACAAACUUCCCAAACAGAAAGAGAUCGUUCAAGAUCAGGACCUUUGCAUUGUUUUUGUCAAUUCGGACGCCGGAGAAGGAUAUCUAAAGUGGGAGGAUGUACGCGGCGAUAGGAACGACCUCGAGCUACAAAAGGGAGGCAACGAGCUCAUCAAGGAUGUCGCGGCAGGCUGCGGAAAAGGCAAUGGCGACGUCGUUGUCGUGGUUCACACUGUGGGCCCCGUAAUCCUGGAGAAGUUUAUUGAAACACCUAACGUCAAAGCCGUAUUGAUCGCUAACCUCCCCGGACAAGAAUCUGGCAACGCGAUCGUCGACGUUCUCUUUGGUGACGUCAACCCCUCUGGUCGCCUGCCAUUCACAAUCGCGAAGAAGGAGGCUGACUACGGCCCGGGAAGCAAGGUCAAGUAUUUCCCCACGCCUGGCGAUGGUCUGGCUCCGCAGCAAAACUUUUCCGAAGGUCUCUACGUCGACUAUCGCUACUUUGACAAGCAAAGCAUUGCUCCGAGAUAUGAGUUUGGCUACGGGCUUUCAUACAGCAAAUUUGAGCUCUCUUCGCUCGAUGUCCGCUCCAAAACCAAAAAGACUCCACUCCCCGCGUCCCGCCCGUCAGGUCUAGCACCUCCAACUUACUCAACGGAGAUCCCCGACGCCAAGUCAGCUCUCUUUCCGGAGGGGUUCCACAAAGUCGAGAAGUACAUCUACCCAUGGCUCGAUUCCACGUCAGGCGUCAACCCUCCUAAGACACCAGCUUCACAACCCCAAUCGCCCCUUAGCGACGCAGGCGGCGGUCCCGGGGGCAACCCAGAUCUCUAUACGCCUGUCGUCACUGUGGGUGUCUCGAUCAGCAACAUGGGUCCUGUGGAUGGGUCUUCAGUUGUACAAGUGUACAUUACCUUCCCCCAAAACUACACGGAUCCAGAGACGGGUGAGCCCGUCGACUUCCCUGUUCGUGUACUCAGGGGCUUCGAGAAAGUAUUCGUCGCAGCGCAGAAGCAGAAAGACGGCAAAGGGGGUGAGGGCAAGGAUAUUGAGUUCGAGUUGACAAGGAAGGAUCUGAGCUAUUGGGACGUUAGACGGCAGAACUGGGUCAUGCCUACGACGGGUGAGUUUGGAAUCGAGGUUGGGUUUUCGUCGAGGGACUUGAGGUUGAAGGGGACGUGGUAGGCGGGGAUGACGAUGCGGUGAAGGCGUUUGGGCGAGGCUUAUGGAUUUGGGGGAUACCUUGAUUACUGCACGGCGUUGUGUGUUGAAUAUUUGUAGCGACUAGGCGUACUCUAUGAAGUGAACUUUCUAGCCUGAGGCAUCAGCCAAUGGCUGUCUUCCUGUAUGUAUUGCCACCCGUUCUAUCUGGCCGUU